AUGCGUGUACUUUCUGCAGGAGACGAAAGCGAGCCUGUGAUAGAAAGCUUUCUGGAUGUUCAAAUUGCAAAAGCCGAGGCCAGACCUGUGACUACUCGUAGUAACCCUCCCUUUGCUUCCGCCGAAGACAUCCAGAAUCCAGCGGCGUCAGUCUAUCUCUCCAUAUCUUCAGAUAGUCCGAGAUUCCCGGAAGCCUACUUCUUGGAUCAUCGAGUAUUUCAGCAAAGCCACCAGUCAGCCCCAAGUGUACGAUUGCUUGCUUCACCACAAAUCACAACUUACGUAGGAGAUCUGCAAACUAUAGUGGCAGAGUACAUUCAGAGGAUACAUUGGUGGAUGCCAAUUCUCUCGCGAUAUCAACUGCUACUUUCUCUGGAAACGCCCACCCCAGGGACAGAAACCGACUUACUUCUUCUGGUUCUAACAAUGAAGGUUCUUCUAUGGAAUCCAUCGGCACAGCAUUCGACAAAUCCAAGGACAGAAGGAUAUUUAUUAGCCCGCCGCGCAAUUGAUGAAGCAGUCUUAGCUGGGGCUAUGUCUUGCCGACUGCUUCAAGCUCAAAUUCUGUUGGCCAUUUUCGAGCUAGGACAUGCAAUCUAUCCCGCGGCUUACCUUUCCGUUGGUGCGUGUGCUCGAUACGGUACUGCAUUAGGAGUUGACGCAUCACUAAGCCCUGAGUUCCAACUCCAAAAUCCAUCCCUAGGACGCUUGGAUAUCGAAGAGCGAAGGAGGGCGUGGUGGAUGGUGCUUAUUUUGGACCGAUUCACACAGCUCGGUAAUCCGCAAAGGUCGCUUUCCACCGCCGAUCCUCAAAGAGAUAGUCGCUUGCCAUCUGACGAGGAAAAUUUUGAUCAAGGGGAUAUACCAGAUGAGAGUUUUCCCGUGUCGGCAGCCGCUGAUAUCAAGAUGGGGAUGCUUGCGAGGAUGUGCCAAGCUUCGUAUCUCCUCGGACUUGUGCUGCGCUAUAAUAGAAAUAGAGCUGAAUCGGCGUCAUCUUCGGCUGGGUUCGAUGACCAUGAAGAAUAUUGGCAACUUGACAAAACUCUCAAUGCUCUGCUUAACCUAUCCUAUGUGGAAGGUGAGAUUAGACGAACCGCAGUGUGCGCUCAAACGUCUAUUUGUUACAGUGGUCUUAUCGCUCUUCAUGAUCCUCUAUCAUCACGAAUAGAUCAGCAACAUAUGCAAUUCGCCAAUGAUAUGCUGAUGCCAGUAGUCGAGUCCAUGGCCUGGGAUUCUAAGAUAUUUCUCAGCGGAUUUCGCGUUUCUGUAGGAGAUGCCUCACCACUUUUGCUCCUAUGGGCAUAUCAAGCCAGUACCAUCUACAAUCGUCUUCUAUCUCAAUACCAAAAAGAAUCACUGUUCCUUCUGCACCAAAUGAAGUUGAAGCUUCAAGUAAUGUCGCAACGGUGGCUUGCCGGAGUUGCUUACCUCAAACUUUUGGAAUCAAACCCAUGA